GGGAGCUGAGAGCGAGGGGAGGCGGAGACGGAGGAAGGUCCGAGGAGCAGCUCCGGUCUCCGCCGAGCCGCCACCGCAGGCCGAGGACGGUCGGACUCCCGCGGCGGGAGGAGCCUGUUCCCCUGAGGAUCUCUGAAGUACAUACACCAUACUACGGCUUUAAAUAUCCUGCGUGGACAAUGGCUACCCAAGCUGAUUUGAUGGAGCUGGACAUGGCUAUGGAGCCAGACAGAAAAGCGGCUGUUAGUCACUGGCAGCAACAGUCUUACCUGGACUCUGGAAUCCAUUCUGGUGCCACGACCACAGCUCCUUCUCUAAGUGGUAAAGGCAAUCCUGAAGAAGAGGAUGUGGAUACCACCCAAGUCCUAUAUGAGUGGGAGCAGGGAUUUUCUCAGUCCUUCACUCAAGAACAAGUGGCUGAUAUUGAUGGACAGUAUGCAAUGACUCGCGCUCAGAGGGUACGAGCUGCUAUGUUCCCUGAGACAUUAGAUGAGGGCAUGCAGAUCCCAUCUACACAGUUUGACGCUGCUCAUCCCACUAAUGUCCAGCGUCUGGCUGAACCAUCACAGAUGCUGAAACAUGCAGUUGUAAAUUUGAUUAACUAUCAAGAUGAUGCAGAACUUGCCACACGUGCAAUCCCCGAAUUGACAAAAUUGCUAAAUGAUGAAGACCAGGUGGUGGUGAAUAAGGCUGCAGUUAUGGUCCAUCAGCUUUCCAAAAAGGAAGCUUCCAGACAUGCCAUCAUGCGUUCUCCUCAGAUGGUGUCUGCAAUUGUACGUACCAUGCAGAAUACAAAUGAUGUAGAAACGGCUCGCUGUACUGCUGGGACCUUGCACAAUCUUUCCCAUCAUCGUGAGGGCUUGCUGGCCAUCUUUAAAUCUGGGGGCAUUCCUGCCCUAGUGAAGAUGCUUGGUUCACCAGUGGAUUCUGUAUUGUUUUAUGCCAUUACAACUCUUCACAACCUUUUAUUGCAUCAGGAAGGAGCUAAAAUGGCAGUGCGUUUAGCUGGCGGGCUGCAGAAAAUGGUUGCCUUGCUCAACAAAACAAAUGUUAAAUUCUUGGCUAUUACAACAGACUGCCUUCAGAUUUUAGCUUACGGCAAUCAAGAAAGCAAGCUGAUCAUUCUGGCUAGUGGUGGACCUCAAGCUUUAGUGAAUAUAAUGAGGACCUACACUUAUGAGAAACUACUGUGGACCACAAGCCGAGUACUGAAGGUGCUCUCUGUCUGCUCUAGUAAUAAGCCAGCUAUUGUAGAAGCUGGUGGAAUGCAAGCUUUAGGACUUCAUCUGACAGAUCCAAGUCAACGUCUUGUUCAGAACUGUCUUUGGACUCUUAGGAAUCUUUCAGAUGCUGCAACUAAACAGGAAGGGAUGGAAGGUCUUCUUGGGACCCUUGUUCAGCUUCUGGGCUCGGAUGAUAUAAAUGUGGUUACCUGUGCAGCUGGAAUUCUUUCUAAUCUCACUUGCAAUAAUUAUAAAAACAAGAUGAUGGUGUGCCAAGUGGGUGGUAUAGAGGCUCUUGUGCGUACUGUCCUUCGUGCUGGUGACAGGGAGGACAUCACUGAACCUGCCAUCUGUGCUCUCCGUCAUCUGACCAGCCGACACCAGGAAGCUGAGAUGGCCCAGAAUGCUGUUCGCCUUCACUACGGACUACCAGUUGUGGUUAAACUCCUACAUCCACCAUCCCAUUGGCCUCUCAUCAAGGCUACUGUUGGAUUGAUUCGAAAUCUUGCCCUUUGUCCAGCAAAUCAUGCACCUUUGCGAGAGCAGGGUGCCAUUCCACGACUAGUUCAGUUGCUGGUUCGUGCUCAUCAGGAUACCCAGCGCCGUACAUCCAUGGGUGGAACACAGCAACAGUUUGUGGAGGGGGUCCGCAUGGAAGAAAUAGUUGAAGGUUGUACUGGAGCCCUUCAUAUCCUAGCUCGGGAUGUUCACAACCGAAUUGUUAUCAGAGGACUAAAUACCAUUCCAUUGUUUGUGCAGCUGCUUUAUUCUCCCAUCGAAAAUAUCCAAAGAGUAGCUGCAGGGGUCCUCUGUGAACUUGCUCAGGACAAGGAGGCUGCAGAAGCUAUUGAAGCUGAGGGAGCCACAGCACCUCUGACAGAAUUACUCCACUCUAGGAAUGAAGGUGUGGCAACAUACGCAGCUGCUGUUUUGUUCCGAAUGUCUGAGGACAAGCCCCAGGAUUAUAAGAAACGGCUUUCGGUUGAGCUGACCAGUUCUCUUUUCAGAACAGAGCCAAUGGCUUGGAAUGAGACUGCUGAUCUUGGACUUGAUAUUGGUGCCCAGGGAGAACCCCUUGGAUAUCGCCAGGAUGAUCCCAGCUAUCGUUCUUUUCACUCUGGUGGAUACGGCCAGGAUGCCUUGGGUAUGGACCCCAUGAUGGAGCAUGAGAUGGGUGGCCACCACCCCGGUGCUGACUAUCCAGUUGAUGGGCUGCCAGAUCUGGGGCAUGCCCAGGACCUCAUGGAUGGGCUGCCUCCAGGUGACAGCAAUCAGCUGGCCUGGUUUGAUACUGACCUGUAAAUCAUCCUUUAGGUAAGAAGUUAAAAAAGCCAGUUUGGGUAAAAUACUUUUACUCUGCCUACAGAACUUCAGAAAGACUUGGUUGGUAGGGUGGGAGUGGUCUAGGCCUAUUUGUAAAUCUGCCACAAAAAAGAUACAUACUUUGAAAGAGAUGUCUUAGAACAUUUGAAUGUUCUCAGAUUUCUGGUUGUUCGUGGUCAUGUGUGGAAGUUAUUAACUUUAAUGUUUUUUGCCACAGCUUUUGCAACUUAAUACUCAAAUGAGUAACAUUUGCUGUUUUAAACAUUAAUAGCAGCCUUUCUCUCUUUAUACAGCUGUAUUGUCUGAACUUGCAUUGUGAUUGGCCUGUAGAGUUGCUGAGAGGGCUCGAGGGGUGGGCUGGUAUCUCAGAAAGUGCCUGACACACUAACCAAGCUGAGUUUCCUAUGGGAACAAUUGAAGUAAACUUUUUGUUCUGGUCCUUUUUGGUCGAGGAGUAACAAUACAAAUGGAUUUUGGGAGUGACUCAAGAAGUGAAGAAUGCACAAGAAUGGAUCACAAGAUGGAAUUUAUCAAACUCUAGCCUUGCUUGUUAAAACACUUUUUUUUAAAAUAUCUGUAAUGGUACUGACUUUGCUUGCUUUGAAGUAGCUCUUUCUUUGUUUCUUUCCUUUUUUUGCAGUAACUGUUAGUUUUUUAAGUCUCAUAGUGUUAAGUUAUAGUGAAUACUGCUACAGCAAUUUCUAAUUUUUAAGAAUUGAGUAAUGGUGUAGAACACUAAUUCAUAAUCACUCUAAUUGUAAUCUGAAUAAAGUGUAACAUUGUGUAGCCUUUUUGUAUAAAAUAGACAAAUAGAAAUGGUCCAAUUAGUUUCCUUUUUAAUAUGCUUAAAAUAAGCAGGUGGAUCUAUUUCAUGUUUUUGAUCAAAAACUUUAUUUGGGAUAUGUAUGGUUAGGGUAAAUCAGUAAGAGGUGUUAUUUGGAACCUUGUUUUGAACAGUUUACCAGUUGCCUUUUAUCCCAAAGUUGUUGUAACCUGCUGUGAUACAAUGCUUCAAGAGAAAAUGCGGUUAUAAAAAUGGUUCAGAAUUAAACUUUUAAUUCAUUC